AUCCAGUGAGACCAGGGCGCCCUCUCCUUGACCGGGGACUACAAGCUCCAAGCGGGACAUGGAUCAGGCGGAAGCUCCAUCCAGCACCAUGGUGCUGGAGUUUAAGGAGGACACAGCGCUGACUGAGGUCAAAGGGAUUGUCCCAGACUGAUGACUGUUUGGUGGUCUUCUGCAGAAGAUGCGUCUCCGUGUGUCAUCUCUGCAGAAGUCCGGUCAGAAGCGUCAGGACGGUGAGCGCCUGCUUCUUCCCCAUGAGGCCGUCUACCGGCUGGACUUCCACAACCAGAAGUUGAUUUUCUCCCGCUGGAACGUGUCCCUUGGUGGCCACGGCCGAGUCACCAUCACGGGCAUCUCGCAGCACUGGACCCCCGACCUCACCCACCUCAUGACCCGUCAGCUCCUGGAGCCCAUUGGAACGUUUUGGCGCAACACCGGCGACCCCGAUGAGUCGCGACUGAAGUGUCUGGAAGCCGACAUGCAAGAGUUUGGCGAGAGGAUCGCGGAGCUGGCUAAAGUCAGGAAGGUCAUGUACUUCCUGUUUGCGUUUAAGGACGGUGCAGAGGCAGCAAAGCUGCGCUGCUCGGUGGCGUUUAGGAGUGAAAAUGACUGUUAGCAUCCUCAGCAGCAUCCAGUGAGGAAACUUCUAGUUGCAAUUUUUUUUAUUUUUAAAGUUGUUUAAAUGUGACUUGUGAUGACUGAAGAACACAAACUAAACAAAAUAAAA